AUCCCCACUGCACCUUAACUAUAUAGUGCAACAUGUACACAACUGGAGGGUUGUGGGUUCGAGUCCCGCCCAGUCUGUCCCAGUGUCCUGGGAAAUACGUUUAACCCUUUUGGUGGUCGGAGGGACCGGUGGCCCGGGGUAGCUGUGGCUACAGUGUAGCUCAUUUACACCUGUGUGUGUGUGUGCGUGUGUGUCGAACAUUUCCUGUUUUUGUUGUGUUGCAAAUUAGCUUCUCUGCUUUAACUCGCUCAUGCCACAAUGUUUUGUUCCUUUUGCACAUAUUUCUCUUUUAUUUGCGCCAAAUCGUUUCAGUUCUGCUCAAAUGAGUCACGUGCUCUUACAUGCGUGAACCCUCCUCUGGUUUAGAGCCCUGCCUAGCUCCGCCAGCUGUAAUUUAGUGGUUAUUUCACGCACAGCCCCGCAGCCCGCGCCUCUCCUCAGCGGCCCACGUCCAGGAAGAGGCGCUCCAGUCCGGGCUGAUUGAUGUGCGCUUUAACCAUCGACUGGCUAAUCCCGGUGAAUGACAAACGGUUAAACCAAUUGCUGCAGAGGCGCUACAUACUCCCAUAUUAUCUUUAUUUUGGGUAUCCAGAAAAAAAGCCUGCUCAUGACACCGAGAGGAACCAACCAAGCGAACAAAACCAGAGAUCUGCUUCCACAUCGGCUCUAAGCAGGAAUCUGAGCAGACGAUUCUCCUUCCCACACGCUUCCCUGCUAAACACGCACACAUCCACCAAACAGCCAACGCUUCUCCUGGUUUUAUCCCGUGUCGUGACCGGAGCGAUGCAAAUGUCACACCUUUCACUGGCUACAGCUAGUCUUUGGCACUGGAACGUCAAUGUUUUGGUCUCCCUCGGAUGAGAUCAGCCGUCCUCGUGCACGCCGCCGUGGAGGGGCUCGCCCGAGGCUUCGCACGGGGCUCCGCUUCAGCACCUGGACAGCUCCCCGCACCGGCUCCCCCCUCCCCUCCCCCUCCCCGCUGCUCGCGCCGGGGAAACCCUCGGUUGGGGAGCGCAAACUGGACCCGCAUCUGGAUCCCACCCUCCCACCCCCUCUCCCCUCUCAGCGCAGCAGGGCCCAAUUUCCGGUUCUUAGCACUUAACAGCUAAUAUGUUCUUCUCUGCUGGCGAGACUUCGCGCAGCUGAGCUGCAGCCUCGUUCUGGGUUUGCGCUGAAAUCCGCGCAGCGCAACGGAAGCAGUGGCGGAGCUCGCCCAGCUCAGAGGACUGCUGCAGCCUGCACGCACAGCGCGAGCCUGCUGCUGCUGCUACUCACUGUGGUCACCACCGAGGGAGACAUCACCACCUGCGAGGGGCCAACGGGAAGACACAGCCACCCCUCUAACGACGUAAAUCUCACACAGGUUUAAACAUGAGGACAGCAUCUCUCAGGUGGGACGGUGAACCGUGGCUCUAAAACGGGCAGACGUGAGCGAGACCUCGUGUGAAGCAGCGCCAAACCCGGCACUUCGCUGCCUGCAUCACCCGCUGCACCAUGGCUAACGCUCAGGAAGUGGAACAGGCAGGUCUGUCGGACUUGGAGAUCAUUUCCCAGCCGGUGGAGGAUGAGAACCAGUGCUUGGCUCCGCCGGUCCAGCUGGUGAGCUUUGGCUACAGAGAUCUGCCGCUCGCAGCUCUGGACCUCUCAUUGGCCGGCUCGCAGCUGCUCUCCAACGCAGACGAAGACGAAAACAGGGAAGGGUCCAGCUGGCUGAAGCCGUGCUGCGGUCGUCGAGUUGCCCUGUGGCAGGUCUGUCUGCUCAGCGCCGGAUUCAACUGUGCCCUGGUGGCGAGCGUCUUCCUGGUGGUGCUUUUCCUGUCUUUGGAGCUGCUCAUAGACACCAAACUAUUACAAUUUUCAAAUGCGUUCCAGUUUGCCAGCAUCAUCCACUGGAUCAGCCUUAUCAUCCUGUCGCUCUUCUUUUCAGAGACUGUGUUCAGAAUCGUAGUGCUCGGGAUCUGGGACUACAUAGAAAACAAAGUAGAGGUAUUUGAUGGUGCAGUCAUCGUCCUCUCUCUGGCCCCAAUGGUGGCCUCCACGGUGGCGAACGGGCCCAGCAGCCCCUGGGACGCCAUCAGCCUCAUCAUCACCCUACGAAUCUGGAGGGUCAAGCGAAUCAUUGACGCAUUUGUGCUGCAGGUCAAAGUUGAGAUGGAGCUGGAGAUCCAGCAGUGUGAGAAGACCAAGGCCGUGCGGGAGGAGCAGCUGGAGCGUCUCACUCAGAUCUGUCAGGAGCAGGCGUUCGAGAUCCGGCAGCUGCGGGCACAUCUGGCCCAGCAGGAUCUGGACCUGGCAGCGGAGCGUGAAGCAGCCAUGCAGAUCCACCAUGUCUGGGGCAAACAGGGGAAGAGCUUUCAGGUCAUAGAAGGUUUGACACCGGGGGAGUCUGACGACGAGGGCGGUCAGAGGAACCCCAGGCAGCCCCAGGCUAACACAGACCCAGUCGUUCGAGAUGACAUGAACAACUACAUCAGCCAGUAUUACAGUGAAGCCAGCAGCGACGCUGGAGCGUCUGGUUUAGGGGCUCGAGUCAUCACCACGGCCGCCAUCGACGUCCACCUCCCCUGCAGCACCACCCUCAUCCAGUCCAAUGCGAUGCUCGCUAUGGAGCGGGUGGGCAGCGGCGUGAGCGACGCCUCCACCAGCAUGUCGCGGUCCAGCGGCAGCCUGACGGCCCGCCUCCACAGCCUGAGCAGCCACACCGUGGGUUCAUCCAUCACCGACUGCAGCAGCAGCGCAGCUCAGGACCUCAGCCUGAGCUUCAGCUCCCACCACUGCUGCCCACCUUCCUUCUCAGGCCAGGGCCCCUGCAGGGACCCCAGCGUGAUGGUGCAGGAGCUGCUCUCCUCCCUUUCUGAGGACUCUUGCCUUGCUCAAAAGGGCCUGGCAGUGGACCCGGUCAACCUUAAGCUUCCCAGUCCUACUGGCUCAGAAAAUGCGAGCCCUGAGCUGGAUAACAGAAUAAACCUUUUUAACCGCAGGAACCAGGAGGAGAGGCGAGGCCGAGGAUGCGUCCUGCUGCAGACGAAGCCACUCAUCCACCUGCAGGGCGGCACCGAGCCGUCUCUGGAGGAGAAGUACCGGCUGUUGGGCCCCGCCGACUCGCCUCUGGGGCACAUGCCUGACACAUAAGCUGCAUUUAGACGAGAACAGAAGCUUUUAUUCUCUGUUUGCUGCCCUCCUGUUGGGCAUGUUUCUGAUCUCCAGUGACAGGUCAACCCUCAGGAGAGGAGCAGACACGAGAUUUAAAAAUGGGAUUUCUCUGUCGCUGCGUGAAUCCCGUCUUAGCUGACUCUGAACACUCACACUUAGAAGUUUCCGGCAAGGCCCUUUGCCAUCAAGUCCAAGCUAGGCAGUGGCGUGUCCAGAUCUUUUAAAAUGGGGUGGCCCAGGUGAGGCACUACUUUGUGCAUGGGUGACACCAAUGGUUAUGCUUUUUUGUUUUACCCCAAGCCUUUUGUGGACAAUGAGAAGACUAUUUAAAAGGAAUUCAGUGUGGUGACACAUGGGGUGGCCAAUCAGAUUCCAAGGGUGGCAUGCGCUACCCCAGGCCACUCCCUGGACACGCCCCUGAAGCUAGGUAAGACACCCAGAUAUAGCACAACCCCGUGUCCUCGGACACGUCCUUCAUCAGGAACUCUACCUUCAAAGAGGUCAGAAAUGCACUGAGGUUCACAAGAAUCUAAACCAGCAAAGGGCCGCUUCAGCCUCAGCCGAAGGAAAACACAAACACUGAAACUAUUUCAAGCAGUUCAAAUUUAGCAUUUUUGUUGAUUUUGCUUAUUUUGUUUAUAAAAUCGACUUUUAACGCCGAUGCUGUUGUUUGUUCAAACAGCCACAGGGUAAAUAAAACAGGACGAACUAUUUAAACUUUUAUAAACUUUGCUAUUCAUCCUUUUUGUUUUAAUCCUGCCUUUUUGUUGUUGUUUUCACAAACUAUCAGGAAGAGGAGCAUUUGUGUGGAUGAAGGCAAGCGGUAAGCGAACCUAAAAAAAGAGAGCGGCGUGCUUGUAGCAUGAACCUUUAAAGAUCCGUGCCAUAAAUGGUGAGCAAGUUCUUUGCACUUUAAUGUUUACAGACACUUUUGUAAACUUGAUAAGGGAGAAGUUGUUGCCAAAAUGCAGGUGUUGUUAUUUGAAAUAAAACAUCCAAAAUAAAAGUUGGUAUUUCCUUAAUUGCGUCUAAAUUCUCUGACUCUUGUUGGGAUUUAAAGCGUCUCCAUUAGAGCAGCGUUUCACUAAGAUCACCUCCUCUGAUACACACAGUUAGCAAAACGCUGAAUUAUUGAAGGUUGUCAGCAUCAGGGUCUGUCAGCGUUUGGGUGUUGUGAGCAGAGUCACACCCCCAUUUAUCUGAUAUCAUUAAUUCAGAGCGUGGAUCUUUUUGUUGUUUGUCAAACGUUGCUUUAAUACUUAAUAACCUUUAUUGAUAUACAUUUACAUUAGCAUGUAUUGGAUCAGACUCAUUAGAACCGCAUCAUCUGCAAAAGUGAAGAACGUCUCACCAAAAGUUAGUUACUGAAUCAGAAAAUCUAAUAUACAUUAUGAUUGUCAGAGAUUUGUCCAGAUGUUGUGAUGAUGCAGGGAGGGGCCUUGUUACGCAAGAAAAAAAUUCAUAUUUAACUCAUUCGCUGUCAGCGUUUCUCACCGUUUUUACUGUUUUUUUAAGAGUCACAGAACGUUGUGCGCUAGGAUGAUGUUGACGCCAAAACAACCAAACCAAAGCGGAGACUCACCUCUUACAUCAGGAAGAAUCCGCGCGUUUUGAGCGUUAUCCGUUCUUUCAUAAUCCGUUGUUGAAUUGCGAUUGGCAGAAGCUUUUCCGGUUCGCGCCUCACUUUUUUUUUUUUACUGCAGCAGCCCAAAACGAUCUCCUAAAACAUGGAUGUUCUGCUUCCUGAUCACGUGACGUGUGAUGUAUGCGGAUGAAGAUCGGCUUUAGAGAUGAGAUAGUUGUUCUCACGGCGCGGGGGCUCGUCCGACGCCCAGACAGUAAAAAAAUGAACGAGUUAACAUCUGCAGAUUAAUUUGCUGUUGCGGCUUCAAUGAAAAUUAUUAUUUAAUGACUACAUUUAUUUAUCAGUCUCUGUUUCAUGCAGGCUGAACAUGAAAAUAGUCUCCUACACCUAUCUCCUGCAUUAACUUCUGAUAGAAAACAGACGGUGAAACUCUAGGAUUAGAAAAUCCUGACAGAUCUACGUCACACUGUCGCUUAACAUUCAUGGACUCACCCAUCUUGGCUCACGACGGGAAAGGCUUUUGAUGGUUUAGCGUCCGGGAAACAGCAGAGAACGUCUAGUAGAAGCUAUUUCUUAGCAUUAGCAACUCUACCACACAGCAGAACUCCUCGAGGCUUGUGUUUUUUUUUGUGGAGAUAAAAAUCAUCGUUGCAGAACAAACAGAGUCAGCGGCAAAGUCACGUUGCUCUUAGCCAAUCCAAGGCAAGAUGUCCAAAAUGACUCUUAAAUCCUGUCAACUAAAGAUACUCUCUCCUCCAACACCGGAGCUUUUAUUCCCCCCUGAGUAUGAUUUGCAAGGCAUUCAUUCCUACUAGAGACAGUGGAGUGAAUCUGACCUUUAAAGUAACUCUGAAUCAUUUAGAAACUUUAAGCUAGCGCUUUAACUUUGACCUCAGUGACUUUUUAGUUAGAAACUUGACCAGUUUCAUAUUUGACACCCCUCUGCAGCCCUCUGCUGACCAGACACUUUACUUAACAGUUUUACGAAGUGCGUAGGUGUCCUGGGGGUGCUCUUUUUCUGCUUAAGUGCUGUUAGCUGUAAUGCUAGCGGUUAGCGCUUUCAGUUCACUAAUGUCAAUAAAUAGCUCAAGAAGAAGAAGAAGUUUGCUUUUUCUGUUGGCACCAUGGUGGAGCCUGAAAGCAAAAGUAAGAGAGUAAUGUUUUUGAGGACAAAUCAAAGAGUUAAAACCAGAGUAAUCUAGCCUAUACUAGUUUGAGGGAGCUAAAGGAGGCUGCAAAAAUAACAGAGUGAUGGUGACCUGGCUUUGUUGCCACUGGAUUUGUGAGUAAUAAGAGUUGUUGUACAACAGUGUGGAUCUUUUUACUUGGUGAUUUAUUUUAGUAUUAACUGGUUCGUGUUAGUGUUAGCUCAUUGUUAGCGCUAGCUACAGCAGGCUGUUGCAGGAUUGUUUACGACAGUUGUAAUUCCACUUUCAACCAGUAGGGUGGAGGGUGUUGAUGCAUGUGAAUGCAGUGGAAGUGGAUGGCGCUCACGUGGUGUUGUGUCAUGACAGAUAACACAAACACGAGAAUAAGAAAAGUUAGAUAUAAAAUAUACACAUGCAAACAAAUCUUUACUGAACACAGUGAUGAGCAAACAGCUUUAAUAUAGCAGCAGUGCUCCAGCCAACAAUUAUCAUUUAAACAAAUAAAAGGUUUGCCAGAUUUAUGGUAAAUAAAUAAUGAUCUUUUUGGCUUUUGACUCA